GUGACUCAGGGCGCGGGCUGGGAGCCGGGAGGCUGCCCGCCGAGGCCGCUGCCCAGCGCCGCCUUUGUUUCCUGCAGGAAGGGCGAGCAGCGCAGCGCCCCUCGCCUCCGCGGAGCUCUCCGACUCAGCACCUUCGGGGUCCACAGAACCCGCGAGAUGGCGCCAAGGAGGAACGGGCAGUGCUGGCGCCUGCUGUGGCUCCUUUGGGUCUCCGCGCUUCUCUCCGCUGUCAUCCGGACCCGCGCCGCAACAGAAUCGGCUUCCCAGAGCCACCUGGACCUCACGGAGCUCAUCGGUGUCCCUCUGCCCUCAUCCGUGUCCUUUGUCACAGGCUAUGGUGGCUUCCCUGCCUACAGCUUUGGGCCUGGCGCCAACGUGGGCCGCCCGGCCAGAACUCUCAUCCCGCCCACCUUCUUCCGGGACUUUGCCAUCAGUGUCACGGUGAAGCCCAGCAGCGCCCAAGGCGGCGUGCUCUUUGCCAUCACAGACGCCUUCCAGAAGGUCAUCUUCCUGGGCCUGCGGCUCUCGGGCGUGGAAGAUGGUCGCCAGCGGGUCAUUCUCUACUACACAGAGCCCCGCUCCCGAGUGUCCCAUGAGGCUGCUGCCUUCUCCGUGCCCGUGAUGACCCACAGGUGGAACCGCUUUGCUGUGAUCGUCCAGGACGAGGAAGUGACCCUCAUCAUGGACUGCAAGGAGCACAGCCACACCCCCUUUCAGCGGUCCUCCCAGGCCUUGGCUUUUGAGUCCAGUGCGGGAAUCUUCAUCGGCAAUGCAGGAGCCACGGGGCUGGAGAAAUUCACUGGCUCCAUACAGCAGCUCACCAUCCACCCUGACCCCAGGACUCCUGAGGAGAUGUGUGACGCUGAAGAAUCCUCGGCGUCAGGAGAAACCAGUGGGCUUCAGGAGACAGACGAAGUUGCUGAGAUCUUAGAAGCCGAUGUCUACACUCAAGCCCCGUUUAAAGAAGCAAAAGUUGAACCCAUAAACAUACCUCCAACUCCAUCCUCCCCCUCUGAGAAUGAGGAGCUUUCCGGGGAGCCUGUACCUGAGGGGACCCCGGAAACCACCAACCUGAGCGUCGUCCUGCACAGCAGCCCUGAGCCAGGGUCUGGUGAGAUCCAGAAUGACACACUAGAGGCACUUCCUACUGUGGACGAUACCCCCAUUACAGACAUUGGCUCUGGGGAUGGGGCCUUCCUUCAUGUCACUGAAGAGGGUCCACAUACUGAAGAAAGUUUGGCAGCAACAGCAGCAGCUGGGGAGGCCGAGAAGACCAUCAGCACUGCCGUGGAAGCAGAGGCCAGCAGUGUGCCCCCCGAGGGGCUGGCCCUCUCCAUGUCCACCAUGGACCCCGGGGAAGGGGUCACUCCAGGUCCAGAUACUGAAGAAGGUUCUGCAGCAUUAGCAACAGGGGAGACCGAGAUGGCCACCAGCAGUGACUGGGAAGCAGAGGCUGCCGGUUUGCCCACCGGGAGACAAGCUCUCUUCAUGUCCACCCAGGACCCUGGGGAAGGGGUCACCGUGGGUCCAGUCAGUGAAGGAAGUUUGACAACAGCAGCAGCUGCUACAGAAGUGUCCCUCAGCACUUUCGAGGAAGAGGAAGCCAGCAGGGUCCCCACCGGUGGCCUGGCUUCCCUCACACCCACAGCGGCCCCUGAGCAAGCAGUCACUUUUGGCUCUGGAGAUGAAGAAGACUUAGCAGCAGCCACAACAGAGGAGCCCCUUACCGUGUCUGGGGCAGAGGAGUCUGGCAGCGCCCUCCCUGAGGGGCCCCCACUCCCCACACCCACCGUGGCUCCUGACAGAACCGUCACUCCCAUCACUCCGAUGGGAGCGGAGGCUGAGGGCUCUGGCCUGGCCUGGGGCUCGGAGGUCGGCUCUGGCUCUGGCGACCUGGUGCGCAGUGAGGAGCUGUUAAGAGGUCCCCCAGGGCCUCCAGGCCCACCUGGAUUACCUGGGAUUCCAGGAAAACCAGGAACUGAUGUUUUCAAUGGACCCCCUGGAUCUCCUGGAGAGGAUGGAGCUACUGGUGAACCUGGACCCCAGGGCCCAGAGGGACAGCCUGGAUUUGAUGGAGCCUCCGGCCUUCCCGGGAUGAAAGGGGAAAAGGGAGCAAGAGGGCCUAAUGGCUCAGUUGGUGAAAAGGGUGACCCCGGCAACAGAGGCUCACCAGGACCCCCAGGGAAAAAUGGACAAAUUGGCAUUCCUGGGAUCAUGGGACCCCCAGGGCCUCCCGGGCCCCCUGGACCCCCAGGCCCUGGAUGCACAAUGGGACUUGGAUUUGAGGAUACUGAAGGCUCUGGAAGCAUCGGGCUACUGCAUGAACCCAGAGUCUCUGGACCAAUGGCUUCGAUUGGUCCCAAAGGAGAAAAAGGAGAUCUGGGACCCAAGGGUGAAAGAGGGAUAGAUGGAACCAGCGUUGUGGGGCCCCCUGGGCCCAGGGGGCCCCCAGGCCGUAUCGAAGUCUUGUCUAAUUCUUUGAUCAACAUCACUCAUGGACUCAUGAAUCUCUCGGACAUUCCUGAGCUCAUCGGGCCUCCGGGCCCAGAGGGCACGCCUGGGCUGCCAGGGUUUCCAGGCCCUAAAGGACCAAAAGGAGACACUGGCGUGCCUGGAUUUCCCGGACUAAAAGGAGAACAGGGCGAAAAGGGAGAGCCAGGCGCCAUCCUGACCGGGGAUGUUCCUCUGGAAAGGCUGAGGGGAGUAAAGGGUGAACCUGGAAUGCACGGAGCCCCGGGACCAAUGGGGCCCAAAGGACCACCGGGACACAAAGGAGAAUUUGGCUUCCCCGGACGACCUGGUCGCCCAGGGCUGAAUGGUCUCAAGGGCGCCAAAGGAGACCGAGGGCUCAUGAUGCCGGGCCCACCUGGCUUACCUGGUCCUCCAGGCCCCCCUGGACCACCUGGAGCUGUGGUUAACAUCAAAGGAGCUGUCUUUCCAAUACCAGCCCGGCCACACUGCAAAACACCAGUUGGUACCACUCAUCCUGGGAAUUCGGAACUCAUCACCUUUCACGGUGUUAAAGGAGAAAAAGGAUCCUGGGGUCUUCCCGGCUCAAAAGGAGAAAAAGGCGACCAAGGGGCCCAGGGACCACCAGGCCCUCCAGUGGAUCCAACUUACCUGAGACAUUUUCUCAACAGCUUGAAGGGGGAGAAUGGAGACAGGGGGUUCAAAGGGGAAAAAGGAGACUCCAUCGGCGACUUCUCUGUGUCCGGGCCUCCAGGCCUGCCAGGAAGUCCAGGCCUGGUCGGCCAGAAAGGGGAGACUAUCGUUGGGCCUCGGGGACCCCCAGGUGCUCCUGGCCUGCCUGGACCACCUGGCUUUGGAAGACCUGGUUCUCCUGGGCCACCGGGACCCCCAGGGCCACCAGGACCUCCAGCUAUCCUGGGAGCAGCUGUAGCCCUUCCAGGCCCACCCGGCCCUCCAGGACAGCCAGGGCUUCCUGGAUCCCGAAAUCUGGUUACAGCCUUUAGCGACAUGGAUGACAUGCUGCAGAAAGCGCAUCUGGUUGUUGAAGGGACGCUCAUCUACCUGAGGGACAGCACUGAGUUUUUCAUUCGUGUCAGAGAUGGUUGGAAAAAAUUACAGCUGGGAGCACUGAUCCCCAUUCCUGCCGACAGCCCUCCACCCCCUGCACUUUCCAGUAACCCACAUUCGCUUCAGUCUCCACUGACAUCUAUUUCAAGUGCCAAUUAUGAGAGGCCCACAUUGCACUUGAUUGCUCUGAACAUGCCAUUUUCCGGAGAUAUUCGAGCUGAUUUUCAGUGCUUCCAGCAGGCCAGGGCGGCAGGACUGUUGUCCACCUACCGAGCGUUCUUGUCCUCCCAUUUGCAAGAUCUCUCCACAGUUGUGAGGAAAGCAGAGAGAUACAGCCUUCCCAUAGUGAAUCUCAAGGGCCAAGUACUUUUCAAUAAUUGGGAUUCAAUUUUUUCCGGCUAUGGAGGUCAGUUCAGUACACAUGUUCCGAUAUACUCAUUUGAUGGCCGAGAUGUGAUGACAGAUCCUUCUUGGCCCCAGAAGGUCGUUUGGCAUGGCUCCAGCCCCCAUGGAGUGCGUCUUGUGGAUAAAUACUGUGAAGCAUGGCGAACCGCCGACCAGGCAGUCAUGGGAUUCGCCUCCCCACUGAGCACGGGGAAGAUUCUGGACCAGAAAGCAUAUAGCUGCGCUAGUAGGCUAAUUGUUCUCUGUAUCGAAAACAGCUUCAUGACAGACGCUAGGAAGUAAUGACCUUCCCAUGAUCCUUAAGAGUCUUCCAAUUUUUCUUACGUGAAGAGUUGACACUGAAAUCUAAAAUGUUUAAAUGUUGUAAAUAUUAGGUUUUUUUUAUUACACAUUCGUCACACCAGCAACCAAAGAAAACGUACCUCAAUACACUCAAAACUGAAGACAUAAAGGACUCAGAUCAAAGAUAGAAAUCUGAUCCAUAUAUCGGUGCUAGAUUCUGCAGGAAAGUCCAUGCAGUGUGAACACAUCCCAUCGUGGUUAAGAGCAAGUUGAAAACAAAGGCAUUCUGCCCACUGCAUCCUUCAGAAAGUAAUUUCCUUCUUUUAACCAUUGUUGUUGAGUGUAAGAUGUCCUUCAUGUUUUCUUACAAAGUCAGUGUUUAGAAAUGUUACCCCUUUCUAAGUUAUAUGCAGACCAAAUGCUUUAUUCUUUCAUACACAUCCAUCAUUUGCAACUGCUGUUCAUACAGAGAUAACAGAACUGCUCAAAUGAUCCUACUUGUAGUUUCUGAUAUUAUCAGACUUUAAUUUUUUUCCCCUAAAAUAUUAUUGCCAUUGUGCUUUUUAUAUUUUUGCUAGGAGUUUUAUAUUUUUGCUACAAUCAUAUUUUAGGAUGGCAUCUGUUUAUGUCACUCUGACUUGCUGGAAAAAUGUAAACUCCAAAUUAUCUGAAACUAGAAAAGAAAUAGCACAUAAUUACUACCUUUCCCUUGGUAGCCCUUCCACCCACCCCGCACCCUAAUUUUAUGACUUCCAUUUGGCAACUCUUGAAGUAUAACUGCGAUUAAGCAAACAGGUUCAUGGGGAUGAAUUUUCUGAGACACCUAUAUCUUCAUGCUGUAUACUUUGAUUUUUUUCCCAUGUAAGUGAACAUAAAAACAUCUUUUC